AUGUCGCACGGGAAAGAUCUCGGCGCUCAUUCUCCCAUCGUUGCCUCGAUACAGCGCACCGAGUCACCCUCGGACGGUCCCGACCCCGAAAGCAAGCCCAACAAAGCAUCGACCGUGGAAGAUGUAGUCGUGGGCAAGGGUGUCGCGGGCAAUGCAGCUUCGUCAAUUGAUGAUGGCUCCAUGAAAGCGAGUGAUGAUCAUACACGACGCAAGUUGAAACCGCGCCAUCUACAGUUGAUCGGCAUUGGAGGCACAAUUGGUACAGCAUUGUAUGUGCAGAUUGGGAACAGUCUCCGCACUAGUGGACCAGCAAGUUUGUUGCUCGGCUUUGGUAUCUGCAAGCCAAGUAGGCAUAGAGCGACAGCCCCCGAAGACGGCCAAAGAUCGCCUGAUAUACUCGUUCCCAUUUGCGCCACUCCCCAUCCGAAGCCCAUGCAACUGAACGAUAUCACAUACCCAACCUGGCCCAGAAUGAAGCUGCCGAAUGCCCUAAAACGUCUCAUACUCUGUCUUGCCGAGAUGGUCACUUAUCUGCCCAUCUCCUCACCGUUCAUUCGAUUCGCGGGUCGGUACGUCGAUGAGGCGCUCGGUGUUGCAGCUGGCUACAACUUUUUCAUCUUCGAAGCCGCUCUCGUGCCCUUUGAAAUUGUCGCCAUCAGCUUGAUUGUGAGAUACUGGACGACUGUGAUCCCGGUUGCUGCAAUGAACGUGAUCAUUCUUGUGCUCUACACAGUUAUCAAUGUUUUUGCGGUCAAAUGGUACGGCGAGGCCGAAUUUUGGCUCUCCCUGGGAAAAGUCCUCCUCAGCAUUGGGCUCAUCUUCUACACCUUCAUCGUCAUGGUCGGAGGUAACCCGCUUGGAGAUCGAUUUGGCUUCCGGUAUUGGAACGAGCCCGGUGCUUUCAACGAGUACUACAAAACUGGCGACACGGGCAAAUUCCUUGGCUUCUUGUCGGCACUGAUCGCUGCCAGUUUCACUAUUGCUGGGCCAGACUACGUCUCCAUGGCGGCCGGCGAGACGAUCAAUCCUCGUGUCGUCUUGCCAAAGGCGUUCAACGGUGUCUUCUACCGACUGACGGCGUUCUUCGUGCUCGGCGUGCUGUGCGUUGGUAUUCUUGUCCCAUACAACGAUCCGACCAUGGCUGAUGCCUUUGAGAACGGUAAGCCCGGCGCGGCUGCAUCGCCAUAUGUGAUCUCGAUGGAUCGACUGCGAAUUCCUGUACUACCACAUAUUGUCAACGCCGUUGUGCUCACCGCCGCAUUUAGUGCGGGCAACAGUUAUGUCUACUGCGCCAGUCGCAGUCUCUAUGGUCUUGCCUUGGAGGGCAAGGCCCCUCAAAUCCUCACCAAAUGCACCAAAAAGGGUGUCCCCAUUUACUGCGUCGCCGUGGUCUUGUUGAUUGCGUUGCUAAGCUUCCUUCAAGUGUCGAAUGGCGCAUCCGUGGUGCUGGCCUGGUUUGUUAAUCUGGUCACUGCGUCCCAACUCAUCAACUUCUCCGUGUGUACGUUCACCUAUAUUCGCUUUAAAAAGGCGCUCGAUACACAGGGUAUUUCACGAUCGACUCUGCCCUACCGGAGCUGGUUCCAGCCCUAUAUCGCCUAUGUGGCUUGCACAGCAACUACAGUGAUGGCUUUUGUCGGUGGUUACACUGUCUUCUUGCCGGGUAAUUGGUCUGUCCCUACAUUCUUGUUCUCCUACACCAUGAUCGGAGUGUUCCCGAUUUUGUACUUUGGUUGGAAAAUCUUCCAUCAAACCAAAUUCCUCAAGCCAGAAGAGGUAGAUUUGAUUUCUGGUGUGGCGGAAAUUGAAGAUUAUACACGGGACUAUGUGCCCACGCCGCCUAAGUGA